AUGUCUGACUGCGAAGCAAACAAAAUUGUCAAUAUCUAUCUAUCUAUCUAUCUAUCUAUCUAUCUAUCUAUCUAUUCAUUAUUUAUCUACUAUUUAUCUACUAUCUAUUUAUCUAUUUCAGUUCGUUUCUAUCUAUCUAUCUAUCUAUCUAUCUAUCUAUCUAUCUAUCUAUCUAUCGAUCGAUCGAUCUAUCUAUUCACCUUUCUCUCUCAUUCCUCUGUCUUUCUUAUCUGUUCAUAUCUAUCUAUCUAUCUAUCUAUCUAUCUAUCUAUCUAUCUAUCUAUCUAUCUCAGUCUGUUCACAUCUCUCUCUCUCUGUAACCAUCUGUUAAUAUCUAUCUAUCUAUCUAUCUAUCUAUCUAUCUAUCUAUCUAUCUAUGUCUUCAUUAUUUAUCUACUAUCUAUUUAUCUAUUUCAGUCCGUUUCUAUCUAUCUAUCUAUCUAUCUAUCUAUCUAUCUAUCUAUCUAUCUCAGUCCGUUUCUAUCUAUCUAUCUAUCUAUCUAUCUAUCUAUCUAUCUAUCGCAGUCUAUUCACCUUUUGCUCUCAUUUCUCUCCCAUUUUUUCUUUCUUUCUCUCUCUCUCUCUCUCUCUAUAUAUAUAUAUAUAUAUAUAUAUCAAUAUUUCAAUAUCUAUCUUAUCUGUUCACAUAUCUCUGUAUAUCCAUCUGUUGAUAUCUAUCUAUCUAUCUAUCUAUCUAUCUAUCUAUCUAUCUAUCUAUCUAUCUAUCUAUCUAUCUAUCUCAGUCUGUUCUUUAUCUAUCUAUCUAUCUAUCUAUCUAUCUAUCUAUCUAUCUAUCUAUCUAUCUAUCUCAGUCUGUUCUUUAUCUAUCUAUCUAUCUAUCUAUCUAUCUAUCUAUCUAUCUAUCCAUUCAUGUAUCUUUAUCUAUCUCAUCUGUUCUUUAUCUAUCUAUCUAUCUAUCUAUCUAUCUCAGUCUGUUCUUUAUCUAUCUAUCUAUCUAUCUAUCUAUCUAUCUAUCUAUCUAUCUCAGUCUGUUCUUUAUCUAUCUAUCUAUCUAUCUAUCUAUCUAUCUAUCUAUCUAUCUCAGUCUCUUCAUUAUCUAUCAUUCAUCUAUCUAUCUAUCUAUCUAUCUAUCUAUCUAUCUAUCUAUCUCAGUCUCUUCAUUAUCUAUCUAUCUAUCUAUCUAUCUAUCUAUCUAUCUAUCUAUCCCCUCUCAAACUUUCUUAUUUCUUCAUUGAUUUUCUUCUUCUCCUUUCUUCCUUCUCUUUCAUUCUUUCUGUCUUUAUUACUAUUUUUUUUAUCUCUCUUCUCUUAUUUCUUCUUUUUCAUAAUAAUUCUUUCUUUCUUUCUUUCUUUCUCAUAUGGUCAUUUUCUGUCUGGCUGUUUCUUUCUUUCUUUUUCUUUUCUCUUUCUUUUCUUCUUUCUCAAUCAUCGGUUUUCUUUCUUCAUCCUUUCUUUGACAACUUCUUUCUUUUUUUAAAAAGUCAUCUUACUUCUUUUACUCUUCCUUUAUUUGUUUCUUUCUUUAUUUCUUUCUUUCUUUCUUUUUUUCUUUCUUUCUUUUCCUGUCCUAUGUUUUCCUCUUCUUUCUUUCUUUCUUUCUUUCUUUCUUUCUUUCUUUCUUUCUUUCUUUCUUUCUUUCUUUUCCUGUCCUAUGUUUUCCUCUUCUUUCUUUCUUUCUUUCUUUCUUUCUUUCUUUCUUUCUUUCUUUCUUUCUUUCUUUUCCUGUCCUAUGUUUUCCUCUUCUUUCUUUCUUUCUUUCUUUCUUUCUUUCUUUCUUUCUUUCUUUCUUUCUUUUCCUGUCCUAUGUUUUCCUCUUCUUUCUUUCUUUCUUUCUUUCUUUCUUUCUUUCUUUCUUUCUUUCUUUCUUUCUUUCUUUCUAUUUUCAACGACUUCCUUCUUUAUCAGUCUUACUUUGUUUCUUUUUUACUUCGUUUCUGUCUUUCUCAGUCAUCUUUUUUUCCUCUUUUCAAUGAUUUCUUUUUUUUAUGGGCCAUGAUUUUUUAUUCUUUCUUUGUUUCUUUGAUUCUUUCUUUUUCUUUCUCUGUUUCUUUAUUUGUUUUCUUUCUCGGACAUCUUUCUCUUUACAACGACUUUUUUCUUUUCUUUAUCAGUCAGUUCUUUUUUUACUCUUUAUUUUUUUCUUACUUUCUUUGUUUCUUUCUAUUUUCUUUCUCAGACCUCUUUUUACUCUUUUCAACGACUUCCUUCUUUUCUUCAUCAGUCAUUUUUUUUUUACACUUUGUUUUUUACUUUCCUUCUUUCUCAAUCAUCUGUUUUCUUUCUUUCUUUGACAACUUCUUUCUUUUAUUUAUAAGUCGGCUUAAUUCUUUUACUCUUUCUUUCUUGGUCAUCUUUCUUUCCCUUUUGAACAACUUCCUUCUUAUUUUUAUCGGUCAAUUUUUAAAAAUCAUUUUUGUUCGUUUCUUAAUUUCUUUCUUUGUUUAUUUCUCGGCCAUCUUUCUUUCUCUUUUGAACAACUUCCUUAUCUUUAUCAGUCAAUUUUUAAAAAAAUCUUUUUUUGUUCGUUUCUUACUUUCUUUCUUUGUUUAUUUCUCAGCCAUCUUUCUUUCUCUUUUGAACAACUUCCUUAUCUUUAUCAUCAGUUUUGUAAAACCUUUUUUGUUCGUUUCUGACUUUCUUUCUUUCUUUCUUUCUUUCUUUCUUUCUUUCUUUCUUUCUUUCUUUCUCGGCCAUCUUUCUUUCUCUUUUCAACAACUUCCUUCUUAUCUUUAUCAGUCAAUUUUUAAAAAAAUCUUUUUUUGUUCGUUUCUUACUUUCUUUCUUUGUUUCUUUCUCGGCCAUCUUUCUUUCUCUUUUCAACAACUUCCUUCCUGUCUUCAUCAGUCAAUUUUCUUUAUUCUUUGUUUGUUUCAUCUAAUCCGUCGUUUUAGUAUAUAA